GUUGAGUUUAUCGUCGGAGGUACAAUCGAACAUCGAGCAAUUACUCGUAUCGGCAAGGUCGGGCCAGAUAGGGACAUGUGUGUUGUUCGCGAAAGAGCUGCAAAAGCCGCUCAUUGCUUUCGAGUUCAACGCUGCAAGAUGAUGUCCAAAGUGAAAAUCGCCCUGACUGUGUUGUCGUUCGCGAAGCUGGUGUUUGGCGAGGUGCACUACCAGAGCCGGAUCAUGAACCAGAGGGUGGUGCAUUACGAGAACGACUACAUCGACUUCGGGGUCAGGUACUUUGGCGACGAGGGAAUCCCCUACUUGAUACUCAAAGACGAGAUCACAGCCUACAACGACCUGGACAUCCUGCUCUACGCCCGAAUCUACGACCACGCGCCGAACUACCUCGUGAAAGCUCCCCUCAGUCUCUGCAAGCUGCUCCACGACGAGAGCGUCUACGAGGACCAUCCGCUGACCAAACAGUUCAACGUAGCCCAGAUCUUCAACUUUGCCGGGCGAAGCUGCCCCAUCGACUCGCCGAUCGUGCGUCUCUCGCCUUACAUAUUCCCGGCGAACUUCAGCCUCGAGCAGGACAUCGGCUGCGGCUACAUGAACGUCGAGGCGAAGCUGCUGAAGUGCGACGACGGCACCGACGCCAACGGCGAGAGCCACGAGCGCAACUGCGAGACCCUCGUGAAAAUCGUCACCCUCGCAUUUCUCAUGAACGACGCCUGCAGCACCGAUAAGUCCUUCAUCGAGAUGAUAUCCGAUGGUCUGACCGACGGGCCGAUCGUUCUGACUCCCGAUUUCCCGGCGCCCGGCCAGAUCAACGAGGCUUGGAUGCAGAAUAAUAAUGUAGAUCCACACGGUUUUGCAGUGAGCCCGAACAGAUCCGGGGAACUCUGAGGGAAAAACUGACGCGGACGAGGGAGGCGGAAAAAGUUGGGACGUCUUAUCUCGAUUGUCGAUGCAGUGCCUCAAUAAAAGUCCUUCAUAGAAUUACAUAAA